AUGGGCACAUAUAGUGCUGUUGGGAUGGUGGAUCUCACCUGUCGCGAGCAUGGAUGGGGAAAUCGGGACCCAAUGAGGGGUGCACAGCCUAUCUUUCUACCGCCCAAUACCCGUGUACAAAGCGUGUCCAAAAUGAAAUCUACCACAUCCGCAAUCCUCCUCGCGUUAUCGCUCUCUGUUGUCAGGGCCGCGGAGCACACUAUGUGCUACGACUACUUCUUGAACAAGGAUCACUGUGUCCACUCUUCGGCAUCGACGCUCGACAGAUGCCAAGCUAAGGACCACUCGGAGCCAGUCAAGGCGUUCACCAUGAAUCCCGGUGUCCAAAAUGCCAAGCGGAGCGAAAUUCAGGGCUUGGAGCGCCGAUAUGACACCACUCGACCCAGCUUCUUUGUCGCCGGUGGUGAUGGUACUUGUGGUUUUUACAAUACCACCUCUGAGCCCGGCGUGUGCCUCUGGAACGGGCCGGAGCAAGACAACCCGACCAAAGAAACUGCUGGAUGGCUCAAUGGUGCUCAAAAAGCCAACUGCGGGAAGCAAAUAUAUAUCCAACGGAAAGGGCAACCCCAUACCGUACAAUACGUCAAGGUUCUCGAUGGCUGUAGUUUCGGUGUCAAGACGCCUGAUCCCGGAUGCUUCGACAUUGCUGUCACUCUUGCGCUCUUCAACCUAUUCAAACCCAGCGAAAAAGAAAAGCAGGAUGGCAAGAUGUAUGGAGGAUUCACUUGGGAUUUUAACAGCCUUGACGGUAGCAAACCGGAGUCUUCCGCGGCCUAA